CAUCGAAUACGCUAGCGUUCAGUAUAGAUGAAAGCUUAGUCCGGACUGCAUCGUCUCAAAAACCAGCUAGGAACUACCAAGAGUUGUGAACACGUUGUAAUUAUCGACGCAACCUUGACACGAUGGCAUACUCCGCGAUUAAAGUGACGUUAAUGCUAAUUUUGCCGUCCAUUUUGGUUUCGGUCAUAAGCCAGCGAAUUGUCGAUCAGGCCUGCCCGGACCCAAAAAGUAAACCUAUCUUGACAAACUUCAACUUGAAGCGAUACAUCACAGGAAAAUGGUACGAAAUUCUUCGAUACGAUCAGCAUUUUGAGCGUGGUUGUGACUGCGGAUAUGCCACAUACAGCGCGAGGGACGACGGUUCUAUAAAUGUUGAAAAUUGCUGCGCCCGGUUACCAAACACCACAAAACACUGCUCCGUCGGACAGGCCGUGGUCAGCUUCCCGGAUGAAAUUCCUUUGCGUGGCAAGCUGAACGUUACCUUCGGCGGACCCCCUAUCAGCUCCAACUACUGGAUAAUGGAUACCGAUUACGACAACUAUGCUGUUAUUUACGCUUGCAAAAAUAUCUCACAUAGUAAAUCAGCAGAAGCUGCGUGGGUGCUGUCCAAGCAUAGAACAAUUUCCUCAGAAGUUCGCCCCAUCGUGGAUGGACUGGUAGAUCAAUAUCUGUCCCGGUCCGAUAUGCGAAUCACAGAGCAAAGCCAAUCAAAAUGCAAAUAGCAGCGCACUGAGCCAAACUAGUCUUAAUUGAUCCGGAAAACUUUCAACUGCGGGGAAUCUUAUCAUCAACAGCAAACAACGCUAGCAGUGGAUCGAAGACUCGGCGGUGAUUGGCCUGGGCGGAGCACAUCACAGCUAAAGAAAAAAGGCAUUCUUGUUUUUAACAGCUUUGCGAAGACACCGCAGAGUUUUCGAACCAAUUCUCUCCAAUCGAAAGAGAACGAGAAACUUUUUCUGCUAAUAAAAUUUCUGUUUAUUUUUUGUU